AUGGAAUUACCACAACUUGGAAAACACUGCUCACUCUCCACCUGUCGCUCCCUUGACUUUUUGCCCGUGACAUGUCUUUUUUGCCACAAGACCUUUUGUGGGGAACAUCGUCUUGCUCAUCCUUGCGACAAGCGACCUGACAAGGCAGUUGCUCAGUGCACGACAUGCGCGCAAAUGGUGCUUGCAGCCGUUGCUGAAGGCUUGACCUUGGAACAAACGCUGGAACGUCACGUGGAAUCCAAUUGCAAGACGUAUGUGUGGCAAAUACAACCAUCAGAAACGAACAAGCGGAUAUGUGGUGUCAAAGGAUGUCGUGAUUUAGAGGAUGGCAACGCUGUUUCACAAAAAUGUGCCAACUGCCAACAAGUAUUUUGUCUAAGACAUCGACAUGGCCCUGAUCAUCAUUGCCCAGUAUCAUCACCAGCAGAUGCCAAGGCAUACCAACGAAAAUUGAUGGCAGAAGCUGCUGUUAGCAGGCUCAAGCAAAAACAACAACAACAGCCAAAAUCGACAUCAACUUCAGCAGCAUCAGCAACACCCGUCAAGAAAAAAGUCAAUCCAACCAUUGAGCUGAUGAAGAUGAAAUCCAAAGCCAAGGGAUCGGCAUCCGUACCUAUGGCAUCACGCAUUUAUUUAAAUAUCCAUUGGCCCGGGAAGGAAGAGUCGCAGCCCAUGUUCUUUGAUAAGACCCUGAGGAUAGGCCGGUUACUGGAUGUGCUAGCAGAUCAAGGAAAUAUAAAGAAUGAUAAUAAUCGGUUGGGCGUGGAUGAUCCACAGCGUCUAGUGGUUGUCAAGGAGGAUACUCAAAACAAAGUCAUUGACAAUAGCUCCAGCCUCGAAAGCGUGCUCGCGAACCUGGAUCAUGUACGCUUAGACCGCUUAGCUAGCAUCGUUUAG